CAGUUGUGAGAGGAUGCUGGAUCGAGUAGUUGGCUCGUGACUUUGGCUGAGAUAGUGUGGUGUGUUUUGUGGAAAAGUAACAAACAAAAAAAACCUGCCUGUGAAUAAGCUCUAAAGCAAAGUUAUAAACGAGGAAGAAAAAAAAACAGGAGAACAGAUGUGUUGAGCCGUUACUUGAAAGGUGAUUGAGCGAUUGGAUGGUUCGUCGCUUGAUAGUUUGGGAAUUGUGUGAAGGCCGUUUCGGAAAAGGUGGAAUAGUGCUAUAAACUACGUUCUAUCGAGAAAAGUUACCGGAUUAUUCUAUGUUUUGUGAAAUAUUAUUGCUAUCGAAAAGAAAUUUCUACAAGUUAAUCAAAUUGAGGAAACAUAGCUGUGCACUGCAAAAUCUGGCAUUAUGAAGACGGAAUACAAAUCCUGCGGUGGCUGCUCAGAACAGAUCACCGAUCGGUACAUCUUCGAAGUGAGUGGUUGCGCGUGGCACGGAUCCUGUCUGCGAUGUAGUGUAUGCUACUGCUCCCUGGAACGUCAGACCUCGUGCUACUUCAAGGACGGUGAAGUGUACUGCAAGACAGAUUACAUCAAAAAAUUCAAAACCAGCUGCGCAAAAUGUUCCCGCUCCAUCUCCCCUUCGGACUGGGUACGGAGGGCGCGAGAUUUCGUGUUUCAUUUGGCGUGUUUCGCGUGUGAUUCCUGCGGUCGGCAGCUCUCCACGGGGGAACAAUUUGCCAUCAUCGACGAUCGGGUGCUGUGCAAGACACACUACAUGGAGUUGAUUGAUGAUGGGACAACUUCCAGCGAGGAUGGCUGCGAUGCGGAAGGCAACGGCAAGAACAAAACCAAGCGGAUACGGACGACUUUCACCGAGGAACAGAUUCAGAUACUGCAGGCAAACUUCCAGAUCGAUAGCAACCCCGAUGGGCAGGACCUGGAACGGAUAGCACUGGCUACAGGGCUGAGCAAACGGGUGACGCAGGUGUGGUUCCAAAAUUCGAGGGCGCGCCAGAAGAAGCACGGUGAGAUUUACUCCCCCGGUACGGAUGUGUGCGAUACUAAUCGGUUUGUGUCAUUCGCAGUACCCCGUGGCCAGGAACUGUUCAACGGGCUUCGAUCGGAUUUGAACAAUAACAGCAAUAGCAAUGAUAGUCACAGUCAGGGCGGUACUCCGAUAAGCGAAGAAUGCGCUCUGGCCAAAGCUUCCAUCUUCAACCACCAUGGCUUCAUCAAUCUGAUGGUGUGACACGAAGCCAGGGGACCCCAUCCAAUGGGUGGACCUGAUCAUCACCAGCAACACGUCAGCUACUCCUGAGGAUAGCUAACCUACGGUUGGGCGCAACCGCCAAUGCCCUGAGAAAUGCCCGUAAGAUUUCCACCGCGGGAUGACACGGGAGGUCACUUGCCUACCAGCUGUCUGUUUACACCAAAGAAAAGAGAGCCUCUACGAAGGAAAUUUCUCAAACCCCAUACUGCAAACAGAGGUUUGAGUUGGCUUCUGUAUAGAGACAGAUAUAUUUAUGUUUCCAUGAUUGCACACCGAUUCGUCGUUACAGAGUUUCAUGUGUUUGUGAUAAUUUCUAUGCAUUAUGACUAGAAAUGGUGCUUAGCAUAGGUGAAUUGAUACUUUUUUUUUCGAAGAUU